CGUAAGACCUAAUACCCUAAAACCCCCUAAAAAUAUCUAUUUGGAGCCACUGUCGCACAUCGCCCCUGCGCCCACGAAGGCUUGGCGAGCAGCAGCCUCUCCGCCAUCUGCCGUUGCCAGACGUUCAAGAUGGUUGCAACCCUGUUUGAAGAUAUUUUUACAGUAACCAAGAUAAACCCAGAUGGUGUACUGUUUGAAAAAGUUGAUCGCAUCGUGGCAAAAGGAAACCAGUUUGAAAAGAUUUUGCAAGUCGAUGUGAACAAGGACAUAUAUCCCAUUGCGUUAAAUGAUACACUUAAGAUUGUUCUGGUUUCUACUAUAAACUUGGAUGGGACUCCAGAUUCUGGUUACUAUGUUCAGGGAAAUAGGAAAUCACUUGCUGAUGAGUAUGAGUAUGUUAUGCAAGGAAAGCUGUACAGGAUACCUGAGGGACGUUCGCCAGACGAACUGAAAAUAAUUGUUUCGUUCGGUGGUCUUCUGAUGGAACUGAGUGCCGACUCGUCCAUAGCUGCUAAAUUUGAGCUUGACCAGAGGGUGUUCAUUCUAAUGAGAAAGAUUCGGACGGGUAGAUAGGGUAUGAUGUGCUCAAAUACCAGGUUGGAGUCUGGAGUGCUGAAUCUGGAGAUCUGAUGUGCUGCUUGCUUUUUAGUUGAUUUUCUAGUUGGAUACUUGACUGGUGUGGUAGGAAUGAAAAUUGGGCAGACGAAAAAAAUUCAUUUUUUUUGUCAAGGUGCCACUUUCAAAUUAGGUUCCUUACGUUGAAUUUAUUUUU